AUGAAGCGGCAGAACGUGCGUACCCUGUCCCUGAUCGCCUGUACCUUCACCUACCUGCUGGUGGGUGCUGCCGUGUUCGACGCCCUCGAGUCGGACCAUGAGAUGCGCGAGGAGGAGAAACUUAAGGCCGAAGAGGUCCGCAUCAGAGGCAAGUACAACAUCAGCUCCGAUGACUACCAGCAGCUGGAGCUGGUGAUUCUGCAGUCUGAACCCCACCGUGCUGGUGUCCAGUGGAAAUUCGCGGGUUCCUUCUACUUUGCCAUCACUGUCAUCACAACUAUAGGCUAUGGACACGCUGCACCUGGCACCGAUGCUGGCAAGGCCUUCUGUAUGUUCUAUGCUGUGCUGGGCAUCCCUCUGACGCUGGUCAUGUUCCAGAGUCUGGGUGAGCGCAUGAACACCUUCGUGCGCUGCCUGCUGAAGCGUAUCAAGAAGUGUUGUGGCAUGUGUAACACUGAUGUUUCCAUGGAAAACAUGGUGACGGUCGGAUUCUUCUCCUGCAUGGGCACCCUGUGCCUUGGGGCGGCUGCUUUCUCCCAGUGCGAGGACUGGAGCUUCUUCCACGCCUACUACUACUGCUUCAUUACACUGACUACUAUAGGCUUCGGAGACUUUGUGGCCUUGCAGUCCAAAGGUGCCCUGCAGAGGAAGCCAUUCUAUGUGGCCUUCAGUUUCAUGUAUAUCCUGGUGGGACUGACCGUCAUCGGUGCCUUCCUGAAUCUCGUGGUCCUGCGAUUCCUGACCAUGAAUACCGAUGAGGAGCUGCUGGAGAGUGAAGUCGCGCAGAUAAUUGCUGGAAACACCAACAGCGUGAUCAUCCAUGUGCCAGACGUCCGCCAUAGGUAUCAACCCCGGAACUUCCUAAAAAGAUACGGCAGAACCCUGUGCUAUCUUUGUUUCCCGCGUGGGGCUAUUGCCCAGGACGAUGGUGAUGACGACAUUCCUGAUGAUGUCGCUGUUGCCGCCGCUGCUGCCGCUGCUGCUGCUGGUGUGGGUAGCAGGCGUGUCCGGGCUACUGUCCACUCCAUUUCCUGCAGGGUUCAAGAGAUCUCCCCAAAUACACUGAAGAACAGCUUCUUCCGGACCCCAUUCGGCCCCAUCCCUCAUGGGAUUCACACCUGCGGGGAAAACCACAGGCUGGCCCUCCGACGCAAGUCCAUCUAA